AUGGAGGAUGAGUACGACAUGAACGAGGCAGUCGAUGACAUGGAGGGGGAGGAUGAGUACCAAGAGCUCGUGGUUAGGGACUCUGAUGCGGAGGAGGAAGACGAUGCGGACCAAUUGCAUAAGCUCUCCGACACAUCAGCAGCAGAUGCAAGAAGUGGGAAAGAUAUUCAAGGAAUACCCUGGGAGACGAUAGAAGUCACAAGAGAAACAUACAGGCAGGCCCGACUAGAGCAGUACAAGAACUACGAGAACAUACCUAAUUCUGGAGAAGCAGCAAUGAUGGUACAGUUUGUAAAUCAACCUAAAAAAACUUAUCAUAUUGGGAUUUAUAUUGGUGUUGAAACAGGCAUGCAAAUCUACCGAGAAAGGAAGAACAUAUUACGAAUUCAGACGAAAUACUAG